UCAUUAUUCAAGAUGGCGGUCCCCCCAGAAGCGAAGUUUGCAAUAUGUACGUUUGUACUGUAUAUAAUUCUUGUACUUUACAUCUUUUUUGAUCAACAGUUCCCUGUUCUACAAUGGAUCAUAUCAAUCAAAAGUCUUCUUGGUUUCAUCUUAACAUUACUGUUGUUUCGUUUGCCUUAUUCUCAAGUGACGAGACGUUCAGCUCUUUUGGGCUGUGUUUUUGCAACUGGUAUUUUGUUCAAUAUUGACCAACAUUACUUCAACUUAAGAUACUUUGGAUGGUAUUUAUGUACCUUGUCAUUUUUCCAUUUCUCAGAGUACAUAAUGACGGCGUUAUAUAAUGCAGAUAAACUUUCAGUCGACUCAUUUUUAUUAAAUCACAGUCUAGAAUACAAAAUAGCUGCCGUUGCAAGCUGGUUUGAAUUCGUUAUAGAGUUCUAUCUAUUUCCUGGGGUAAAAGGACAAUUUAUAUUAAGUUUUGUUGGACUUUGCCUGGUUAUUUUUGGUGAAGUAAUGCGAAAGUUUGCAAUGGUGACAGCCAAGUCAAACUUCACUCACAUGGUUCAGUUCACAAAACAUGAGCAGCAUAUUUUGGUCACGUGGGGAAUCUACAGCUGGUGUCGACAUCCUGGUUAUGUUGGAUGGUUUUAUUGGAGUAUUGGUAUGCCUCAACUGUCACCUUUUCUAUAAACCAUUAUCAAACUGAGAAUGUACACAUACUAUUUUAGGGGUAGUCCAGUUUAGAAAUGAUAGAGCUAUCCAGUAUACAAGAGCUAUCAUUGUCACAGAAUAAAGACAUACAGCAGGUUGACUCUAGUUACUGCUACCAUGCCACGAUUCACCAUCAAAAUGCUGACUCCAUGGGCCUAGCCAGUGUGUGUUUGAGAGGCAUUACCCCCUACCAUUUUGAAUAUUUUCAGGGGGGGUGAAUGCCUCUCAAACGUACAGUGGCUAGGCCCCUGGCGUCAGCAUUUUGAUGACCAAUUACAGUUAUGCCAAAAUCAUAGGAAAAACCAAGUCAGGCUUCUGUGUAGUCUAUUCUGUGCCAUUGUAGACACACAUUUCUGGAACCCAACUAAAACAUUUUCAUCCCAUUUAAUUCUCUUAUAAGGUUCUACCCACAUGCUUUUGUUUACAAUUUUUUAGGAACCCAAAUUAUUCUGUGUAAUCCAGUUUGUUUUGUUGCUUAUGUUUUGGCAUCGUGGCAGUUUUUUAAAGAUCGCAUUUGGGAUGAGGAACUAUCACUAGUCGAGUUCUUUGGUCAAGAUUAUAUCAACUAUCAGAAUAAAGUUGGAACAGGACUACCAUUUAUUGAUGGUUUUAAAUUUGAUAUAGCUUCAAAGAAAUUUAAUUAACGUGUUCAUAACUACCAGAUCUGUCCUGCUAAUUAUUUUUAAAUUUAUCAAUAAUUCAGAACGUUUGUGGCUGGUGACAAUAUAAAUGUAUGUAUCAUGGUUUAUUGCAGUGAUUGGUAUAGACAUUAUCAAACCAAAAUAUCAGACAAAUUACUCAAUAUGUGAUUGUUACUUGGUAUACAAUUUUUCUUAUCUUUUACAAGAUUUCUAAAAUGUACAAGCACAUUACAAAUGAUGCAAGCUAAUACUGUAGAUACACUUGUUUGAUAUUUUAGUUGAAGUCUAGUUUAUAGUAUUGUUCAUAAUAGAGACAGAUUUGACUAUUAACCCAUUUAGUGGCAGCACUUUCCCCUUGACAUGUAAAAUCAUCAGGGCAAUGAAGACAGGAAUAUACUAAAGUAGGGCACAUUGUCACUACUUGGGGGUUAAGUAUUUUAUGCCUUUUUGCAUCUUAUUAAGCCUUCUUCGCUUCUAUUUCUGCGACUGAAAUAGAAUAGUAUUUUACAAGCUCAGCUGAACAGGGCAAAUGGGUUAAUAAUAUUCACACAAAAGAAUUUUAAAUCUCUAUUAUGAGACCUAUAGCUAAAAUGAAGUUUUGGUAUUGUUAUUAAGUUGUAAAAACUAAAAAGAUGAACAAGUUAUGGAAAUCUGGUGAUAACAAGGAACCAUGUACAAAUUAUCAAAUAUGUAUCCAUUGUUAAUGAAAUAACGAAGAAGGCAUCUGAUUAUGAAAAGCAACAGCCUAAUGAAACAUGAAUGGUCACUUAAACUGUCGUUUUACACAUGUAUGGAUUCAGGUCAGGCCCUCCACACGCCACAUCAUGGAGAUUGGAUCACUGAUCUGGUUGGAUCACUUGGAUGGUUGUGAACAGCAGUACUUAAAUUUGCAUGACUUUUCGAUAAUUACAUCGCGAAAACCUAGGAAUCUCGUGAAUCAAAAUGGUAUUUGCUCUAAAGAAAGAGUCUCCCAGGCCAAGCAAGCGUACAGGUGAAGCCCAUUUUCCACUAGGCGAAUUUGUUCGCGCAAAGCGAAAAAACAAAUCUUGGCAAUGUGAUUGGUCAGCGAAAAAAAUCGCCGCGAUAAAGUUGGAUCAGUUCGUACUUUUUUACUGUUCGCGCGAACAAAUUCGCCUUGUGGAAAAUGGGCUUACGAGGUGAUCAUUGAGUAUGUAUACGCAUGCAAAUUAUGUGUGUAUGUAUAUGUGUGUAUGCAAAAACUGGAAAUUUUUCCCUUGCCAUUUACUUGUGUUCGUAGUAAAUUACACAAACUAUUGAAGAAUGUGAAAAGUACGUGGAACAGGAAGAAUGGUUCCGUACUCUUCGCGUG